AUGUCCAAGAGGCAAGCUGAGUUGUCGCUCGAGGAAGAUACUGUCGCCGGUUCUCCCGCCAUUAAAAAGGCCCGUGUGGAGGACGACUUCGAGGAAGGUGAUCCGCGCCAUGGAGCUCUUCCAUUCCGACGGGCGAGCGGCCAAGAGAGAGAAGAGGAUGAACGCAAAGGGUAUGAUAUUCUAGCUGCUGCGGACCAGGAGGGUGAAGAGCUGGAAGAAGCGGCGGUGGAUAAUGGCGCUGAGUCCGAUUUCGAUGAUGCCGACGAUGACAGGCCUGUAAUUGCGGCUCCCAAGCGCCAAAGUGCACCUAUGGAGGGCUAUAGCGAUCUUUAUCUUGAUACGAUUAAUCGCGAAAUUCUUGACUUCGAUUUCGAAAAACUGUGCUCGGUUACCCUUUCGAAUAUCAAUGUAUAUGCGUGUCUUGUCUGCGGCAAAUACUUUCAAGGCAGGGGCCCGAAGUCGCAUGCUUACUUCCAUGCGCUUGAAGUCGGCCAUCAUGUUUUUAUCAAUAUGGGAACCAAGAAGGUGUAUGUCCUUCCGGAGGGCUAUGAAGUGAAAAAUAAGAGCUUGGAUGAUAUCAAGUACGUGGUAGACCCGCACUAUAGCAAGGAUGAGGUCUCCAAGCUAGACAAGGAGGUACACGAUGCGUUCGAUCUCGCAGGAAAUCGUUAUAGACCAGGUUUCGUUGGUAUGAACAACAUCAAAGCCAAUGACUACUUGAAUGUGGUCGUGCAACUUUUGGCGCAUGUUUUUCCAAUUCGCAACUACUUCCUGCUACAUGAGUUCCCGACACCUGGCACACCUCAAUUAGCUCUGCGCUUCAGCACACUAGUGCGAAAGCUAUGGAAUCCAAAGGCUUUCCGAUCCCAUGUGUCGCCGCACGAGUUGCUACAGGAGAUUGCUCUUCGUUCAUCAAAGCGCUUCACACUGACCCAACAGUCUGACCCGGUGGAGUUUAUGUCAUGGUUCCUAAACAACUUGCAUCUUUCACUCGGGGGCUCUAAGAAACCUUCCAAGACACCAACCAGUGUGGUUCAGGCCGCAUUCCAAGGCCACCUGAAGAUUGAAAGCCAAGCAAUCACUGCUCACUCAGAUACCCAAAACGCUCGUCUAGUCUUUACGGAAUCUGGCGACAUUAAAAGCCAGACCACUCCAUUUCUCAUCCUCACAUUAGAUUUACCUCCCACUCCUCUCUUCCAAUCCGCCAAUCGGGAAUCAAUCAUUCCCCAUGUUCCUCUGACAACACUACUAAACAAGUACAACGGCAUCACUGCUUCAGAGAAGCUGGCUCAUCGAGUCCGCCACCGCCUUCUUCACCCCCUUCCACCUUACCUAUUAUUCCAUAUCAAGCGAUUCAGCAAGAACAGAUUCGUAUCUGAACGUAACCCGACAAUUGUCACCUUUCCGUCACCCCGCUCCCUGGACAUGUCUCCCUACGUAGAACCGAACCCGGACGUUUGGCCGCCAGGUGAACCGAUCCUUUACGACCUCGUCGCCAACAUUAUCCUGGACCCAGCUGUAGCUGUUCCUGGUGCCACCGACGAGGCAGCCGCAGAUAAGGGUGUUAACGCAGCAUCCGGGUCAUCAUCGACCGGCGCUGGUGCAGGCAGCGAGAAGGUUUCGUGGAUGGUCCAGCUUCACGACAAGGCUAUGUCUGCGGAGAAUAGUCGACAACACAGCGAGCGUGCUGGUGAACAGCAAGGACCGGAGUGGCUUGAGGUCCAGGAUCUGUUCGUCAAGAAGGCAGAAACCGAAACCCUAUUCACCCGAGAGGGAUAUCUUAUGGUUUGGGAGCGGCGAAAGGUCCCGGGCAUGAACAGUCGGAAGGGGAAGAACCCAGCAAAAUAG